AUGCGGUUCCAAGCUCUCGUAGCGUUCUUCGCCCUCUUCAUCACUGUCUCUUGCACCUCCCCUCCUUCCUUCUGCAAAUGCACCUGCUUUACAAACAGCACCAUCAUCGAACUUACACCGAAAACCACAUCUGAGAAGUCGGCGAACCUCCUCAGCCGAUUCUCGCCCGAUCCGCCUGCAUCCCUAGAGCGCCGUGCUGCCUCCUCAGCCGAUUGCAGCCAAUGUAAUCGCGCUUUCUGUAUCGCGCAAAACCUACCGAUCUGCAAGAAUGCCGGAGAGAAGGACAUAUUUACAACGUGCUUCCAGAGGGAUAGCAGGAAGGACCAGAUUAUCGUGCUAGCGUUUAUUUGCACGACAUUAGGGCUUCUCGGCUGGGCCGCUGGAUUGAAAGUGCUAGAGAAGAGGAAGGCAGGAGGCCCUGGCCUGUUCAGGCGCAGUGGCUCGCGGCAAGGCGACCAAGGAGCGUAUGCACCGGUAAACAACGGGUAA